AGCUCUUAUAAACGUGCUUCUCCAUAUUCGCACAAGAGGUGAUUGUUCGGCCAUAAUAACAAGACUGAUUUUUUACGCAGAUCUCAAGACUAUGAUGAUGCAUCGAUGGUAUCAAGUGAUGACUGUGGCUGUUCUGGGCAUUUUAUAUCCAGGGAUAUGCAUUGGAUAUUCAUGCGAUCGAGACAUGACCUGUCCCUCAGCUUUAUACAAAGAUGGGUCGAUUGUAAGAAGCUCAAGAAGGAUGUGGAACAAUUCUUAUGAUACAGACAUCGCCAACUAUAUAAUGAAAUGCCACACAGGUAAUGCCUGUUCGAACAACCCCUGUCUAAAUGGAGGCUCUUGCGUGGAAGAUAACUUUGGGUCAUACUACUGUUACUGUGAGCGUGGCUUCGACGGGAAAUCAUGCGACAUACUUCCUCAAGUUCUAACCAGAUCGAAUGGCGGAAAACAAAUUUCGCUCGCCAACGUGUCAGAUCUCUCGUUUACAACUUUAUUUACUACCAACGAUUUAGAAAUUAUAGACUUCGUGUUCGAUGAGACGAACUCCACGAUAUAUUUUGCUCACAGCACUCUCUCAAACUAUUACAGCGCACAUAUAAGGAUGACCACCGGAAUCAAUACUUCAGUUCUUAUUUUCGAAAAUCCAUUAGGGCGGUUGUAUUUGAGGGGAAUCUUUGGCUGA